AUGGAUGACAAAUGGAAUUUGGUAAUAUCAAAUUUUCAAGAAAUUUAUAAAUGUAAUAAUAGUUUGAAAUUUGAUGAGAUUGCUGAUUUUAAUGGUGUCGAUUUCGAUUUAAUUGAUGAUAAGACCUUAAGUGAUUAUAGUGAAAAUGUAGCAAAUCACUUGGACAAUAUUACAAAAUCUAAGAACUUAUUAAAAAUUUUAAAAGAUAAUUUAGAACAAUUGAUUGAUUCUAAACAAUCUCAUCCUUCAGAUGAAAAGAUUGAAAUGCCAACACCAACGGGUAAAGGUCCAAUGCCUAUUGAAAAAAUUAACCAAGAGGUUAUUAAGAAUGAAACUGUUGAAGAUAUAGAAAAUAUAAAGGAAAAAUCAAAACAUGACCAACUACGGGAAGAAAAAGAUUUGAAACAGCCACAAAUUAUAGGAAGAUCAUAUUGGAUAAGCCAAUUUAAUUCAUGUGGUGAAAUUCGUAUUGGCUCCAAUGUAGCUUACAAACCUAAAAAAAGUAUCGAUGGAGAAUGGUUCCAUUGUGAAGUGAUCAAAAUUUCUCCAGAUGGUUUAAGAUUUGAAGUCAGAGAUCCAGAACCUGAUGAAUUUGGCAAUACUGGGAAAAUUUUCAAAUGUUCUUGGAAAGAUGUUCAAUUAAUUCCUCCAGAAAAUGCUACAAGGCAAAAUAUGAUAAACUAUCCACCCAAUACAAAAGUUCUGGCGAGAUAUCCUGAAACUACAACAUUCUAUCCUGCUGUUGUCAUAGGGAACAAAAGAGAUGGCACUUGUAGAUUGAAAUUUGAUGGUGAAGAAGAAGUAGAUAAAGAAACAGAAGUACCAAGACGAUUCGUUUUACCAUUCCCAACAGUAUCUGCAAAACCUCUUAAAUGA